GGUAAUUCGGUCCGUUACUUGGAACCGGAGAAAAUCUGAGACGCUGACGGCCCAGCAACCUCGUCGGCCGAUUUGGAGGACCUGACCGGUCUGCAGAGAGCGACGAGAGCACGUUGCUGUUAGAACCGACACUGUUUCACCCUCCCUCUUCUCCACCCGUUUCCACUGUGAAAAUCAGAGUUCUCGCCGCCUUUCACUGUUCCAUCUAAUCCCUGGCUCUCCGUUCGUUAUUUUCCACCCACUUUACACUGUUCCUCUCGUGGUAUUUCUCUUUCUCCACUCUGCAGACUCUUCACUUUAUUCGUCGCGUAAAGCUAGGGGAUCAGAAGUGCAGAGGAAGUUGCCGGAGUCGUAAAGGGGAAAUACUGUAUGCGUGUUGCUCUCUUAAGAUCCAUGGCCGUCUGCCUUGCUAACCUCGCGUUCGACUUCACAUAACCGCUAAAUUUUCAUUUUCCUCAGAAAACAAAAGAGUUUUGGUGGUUUCAAUUCAAGCCACUGUGUGAGAAUAUCAGGUUCGCUUCGCCCUGAAAGGUUUUCGGACGUUGACUUUACUCGGAAGAGUUUCUGACUGAUCGGAAGCUUCUGACCUUUCAUUGGAACCCUAUCUGAACUACUUGAGUUUGCUACCAUCCCAUGGAAAUGACGCGCAGAGAUAAUGGUUUAUGAGAAAUUCUGUUUUGUUUUUUUAUUAAGGCAAGCACAACAACUCCUUGCUAACAUCUCAACAGACUCAACUGCCUUGCACAUUGCAAAGAUGAAACUACAGUGAACAAACUGAUACCAACUACUUAAAUUAUGGGGAUUAAGUUUUGGGAUUAACGGAGGUGGGUUUGUGGGAACAAGGAGGGUGAGAAAUGGGGGCAAUUGGGGGGGAAGAGUGGACUAAAUGGGAGAACAUGGAAGGGGUGGCGAGUGGUGGUGAGGAGAAGAUUCUGGUAUUGGUUAGAUUGAGGCCUUUGAGUGAGAAGGAGAUUGCAAGGAAUGAAGUUUCAGAUUGGGAAUGCAUCAAUGACACGAGCAUUUUGUUCCGGAACAGUCUUCAAGAUCGGUCCAUGUUUCCGACUGCCUACACAUUUGACAGAGUUUUUGGUGGUGACUGCUCAACUAGGCAGGUUUAUGAGGAAGGAGCAAAGGAAAUUGCUCUUUCGGUGGUCGGUGGUAUUAACUCUAGUAUAUUUGCAUAUGGGCAAACAAGCAGUGGAAAGACUUAUACCAUGACAGGAAUAACCGAGUACACAGCAGCAGACAUCUAUGACUAUUUACACAAGCACAAAGAAAGAGCAUUUGUUUUGAAGUUUUCUGCAAUGGAAAUCUACAAUGAAGCUAUCAGAGAUCUCCUUAGCACUGAUAGUCUUCCUCUCAGGGUCCUUGAUGAUCCAGAGAAAGGAACUGUUGUGGAGAAACUGACAGAGGAAAUACUGAGGGAUUUGAACCAUCUCAAGAAGCUUUUAUCAAUUUGUGAAGCUCAAAGAAAGACGGGGGAAACUUCCUUGAAUGAAACAAGCUCUAGGUCUCAUCAAAUUCUUAGAUUGACGAUAGAAAGUUCUGCCCGUGAGUUUUUAGGCGAGGACAAUUCAACAGCACUUUCAGCUAGUGUGAAUUUUGUGGAUCUGGCAGGAAGUGAGCGUGCAUCCCAGGCAUUAUCGGUUGGGACGAGACUGAAAGAAGGCUGCCAUAUCAACCGUAGUUUACUUACUCUUGGAACUGUCAUUCGCAAGCUAAGCAAUGGAAAACAUGGUCAUGUCAAUUACAGAGAUUCUAAACUGACACGCAUUCUGCAACCCUCUUUGGGAGGCAAUGCCAGAACAGCCAUCAUUUGCACGUUGAGCCCUGCGCGAAGCCAUGUUGAGCAAUCUAGAAAUACUCUCUUGUUUGCUACUUGUGCAAAAGAAGUGACUACAAAUGCCAAGGUUAAUGUAGUGAUGUCUGAUAAGGCCUUGGUGAAGCAUUUGCAAAAAGAGUUGGCUCGUUUGGAGAAUGAGCUAAGAACUCCUGCCCCUUCUUCUACAUGUAAUUGUGCAGCAUUACUUAGAAAGAAAGACCUCCAGAUUGAAAAGUUGGAGAAAGACAUGACAGAGCUGAUUAAACAAAGGGAUCUUGCUGAAUCUCGGGUGCAGGAUUUGCUAGGCGUGGCUGGAAAUGAUCAAACUUCAAGGCAUUGGGGUAGGAUUCAUGAUGAUCAUAAAUUGCAAGGGGACAAAUGGGAAGACGAAUGUUCAGUAUCAGAAUUAUCAUUUAAUGACAAAGGCCAUUCUUUGUCCAACGGUAGUUUGUCAAUGCUAUCAGGUACAGGUAAGUUUGUAAGAACUGGUGCAUUUCACUGUAUAGAGGAGUUCACAGAGGGAGCUGGUGAAGAUUCUGAUGACACCUGCAAGGAAGUCCAAUGCAUUGAAAUGGAUGAAUCUAGCAAGGACAGGGUUUCUGAAUCCCUUGCCUUAUCAGCUGUUCAUUCUGAAGGAACAUUGCCACUGAUGGCACCUAGAUUUACCAAUCUGACAGAUGAAGAAAUUGAAUCAAACCCACCUAGAGAAGUAAGUCAUAUCCAAGAUAACUUGGCCCAUGGGACACUGGAGCAGAGAAUCCAGGAUGUGCAGAAGACAAUUAAUUCUCAUGUCAUUCCCUGUCCUGAUGACCCAUCUCCUUGGUCUUCGGUUGCGGGUAUGCCAAGUUCUAGAAAUCAGCAGUUAAAUAGGAGCUGGAGUUGUAGAGCUACUUUCAUGGCUGGCUCAUCCUCACCAUACUUUGAGAAAGUUGAAGGAAGUCAGAACACACCACCUAAUGGUUUUGAGAAAAGCUUUCCUGGAAGACCGGAAGGCCUCCCAUUCAUGCUUCCUCGAGUAAAUUAUGGUGCUGCAAAGUUGUCAAGAAAUGAUUCUCUGUCUUCCAUUGGCAGUGCCUUUGUAGAGGAGCUAAAAGCACAGAAGAACAAGAAUUCCAAUGAUGAUGAUAUUCCUACUAUUGAUACUUUUGUUGCAGGAAUGAAAGAAAUGGCCAGGGUUGAGUACGAAAAGCAACUUGCCACUUGUCAGGGGACAGAACAAGCUGAAGAGUCUGGAAAGAACAGCAAAGAUGUUGGAUUAGAUCCAAUGCUGGACACACUUGACACUCCUGCAAGUUGGCCUCUUGAAUUUGAGAGGAAGCAGAAAGCAAUACUUGAACUUUGGCAAUCUUGCAAUAUUUCGCUGGUCCAUAGGACAUACUUCUUCCUGCUCUUCAAAGGUGACCCUGCAGAUUCUAUUUACGUGGAAGUGGAACUUAGGAGACUUUUCUUCCUGAAGGAGGCAUUUUCUCAGGGAAAUCAUGCUGUGGAAGAUGGUCGGACUCUCACAUUGGCAUCAAGCUUUAAGGCCCUUCGCCGAGAGAGAGAGAUGUUAAGCAGGCUGAUGUACAGGAGGUUCUCGGAAGCAGAAAGAAACAAACUAUACCAGAAAUGGGGUAUCAGCUUGGUGUCGAAACGAAGGAGAGUGCAAGUGGCCAACCGCUUGUGGAGUAACCCUAGCGAUAUGGAGCAUAUCGUCGAGAGUGCUGCAAUUGUUGGAAAGCUGAUCGGGUUCUCCGAGCAAGGAGGGGCGCCAAAGGAGAUGUUUGGGCUUCGCUUCACACCUCAGCGCACAAGCAGAAGGUCCUUUGGAUGGAAACACAGCAUGGCUUCCCUUUUGUGAGGUGGUUGAAUGGCCAGAUACAGUAAACUUAGAGGCAGUUUGCUUUGCUCUAUAAGAUUGCAUUUGACUACAAAAAUAUUCCCUUGUGUUUGCAUGUCAAAAUAUAUUUUUCCCAUAUUGUGAUAGGGCUCUCAAAAUUUGCGAGUUUCCUCAGUUUAGAAAUGAAGCUAUUCUCAGCAAUCUUUGUUUUUCGAUCUUGGGUAACUUCAAUUAUGUAUGGACGAAUGCUUUAACUUUUUGCAAUUCUUUCUCUUAUCACAAAUGUUGAAUGCCUUUAUCCCCA